AUGGACUACAGAAGGAAAACCAGCCACGUCGCCGAGACCGUCUUGCUUCUGGACAAGCUAAACACCUUCUUCGCCCGCUUUGAGGAUAACAUACAAAGAGCCUCAGGCAAGGUGCUGUUUGACCUGGUGUGUACCCACCUGAACCUCGUUGAGGGAGACUACUUCGGCCUAGAAUACCAAGACCACAAGAUGAUGGUUUGGCUAGACCUCCUAAAGCCAAUUGUCAAGCAGCUGAGACGGCCCAAGCACACAGUCCUGAGAUUUGUGGUGAAGUUCUUCCCCCCAGACCACGCCCAGCUACUGGAGGAAUUGACUAGGUAUCUCUUCGCCCUGCAGAUCAAGCAUGACCUUGCCUGUGGACGUCUGACCUGCAACGACAGUAGCGCCGCCCUGCUGGUCUCCCAUAUUAUCCAAUCUGAGACAGGGGACUUUGAGGAGAGCCAGAGUCGGCAGCACCUCCUCAACAACAGCUACAUUCCUGACCAGGUGGCUUUGAUGGACAAGAUCAUGGAGUUCCACUCCAAGAAUGGGGGUCAGACGCCAGCAGAGUCAGACUACCAGCUGCUGGAGGUGGCACGCAGACUGGAGACGUAUGGGGUUAGACUGCACCCUGCCAAGGACCGCGAGGGCAGCAAGCUGAGCCUGGCCGUGGCACACGCUGGUGUCCUGGUCUUUCAGGGACACACCAAGAUCAAUGCCUUAAACUGGUCCAAAGUGCGCAAAUUAAGCUUCAAGAGGAAGCAAUUUCUCAUCAAGCUCAGACCAGACCUAAACCAGAGCUCAUACCAGGACACUCUGGAGUUCCUGAUGGGUAGUCGGGACUGCUGUAAAGUCUUCUGGAAGAUCUGUGUGGAAUACCACGCCUUCUUCCGCCUCUUCGAGGAGCCCAAAGCCAGGCCCAAGCCUGUCCUCUUCACCCGAGGCUCCUCCUUCAGAUUCAGCGGUCGGACACAGAAGCAGGUGAUUGAUUAUGUGAAGGACUCCGAGUUUAAGAAGAUCCCGUUUGAAAGGAAACACAGUAGGGUCCAGCACAGCAGCCGCAUGUCUCCACUGCCUUCCCCUCAUCACCCCCAAGUGCCAAAAGAAAGUGUGAGCGGUGCUUCAGGGGACAGAGUGGAGGUGGACUGGAAGGAGUCUGUAUUGGUGAACGCUGAGGACCCGUCAGCCCUGCGGAUCAGAGGCAGCCCUUCCAGCCAGAGGAACGGGGGACGCGGCGAGGACAGCCCAAGCCCCGGAACAGAAACAGGCCCAGCCAGGCAGCCCCACCCAGACCAUCUGAACACAGGGGUGGUGUCCAACAGCCCUCAUCUCUCCGCCUCCUCCGAUAACUCCCAGGGCAUUGUCAACGGUCAGAUGCCGGUCGAACUCUGUGGACAAAGUCCGGAUGGUCGUCAGCCCUCCCCCCUCACCAGCCCCCUGCUCAACGACGCUGGGAGUGUGCGCACCGACGAUGAAGACGAGGUUCGGAGGAAGAGGUUCCCUACCGACAAGGCCUACUUUAUCGCCAAGGAGCUGCUGACCACAGAGAGGACCUAUCUGAAGGACCUGGAGGUGGUGACUGUGUCUUUUCAGGACUCGGUGGGUAAAGACGAAGCCGUGCCGGACUCCCUGAAGAGCACCAUCUUCACCAACUUUGACCCUCUGUACGAGCUCCAGUCCGACUUCCUCAGAGAGGUGGAGCAGAGGCUGGCUUUAUGGGAAGGGUGCUCCAAUGCCCACAUCAAAGGAGACUACCAGCGCAUCGGGGAUGUCAUGCUGAAGCACCUACAGGGCCUAAGGCCACUGACCGCCCACCUCCAGAAGCACUCGGAGGCCCUGGUGGAGCUGGAGAAGGCGUGCCGGGGCUCCCGGCGGCUGGAGGUGUUGGUCCGGGACUUUGAGCUGCAGAAGGUGUGCUACAUCCCCCUCAACGUGUUCCUCCUCCGGCCCCUGCACCGCCUCAUGCAUUACAAGCAGAUCCUGGAGCGCCUGUGCAAACACUACCCCCCUGCACAUGUGGACUUCAGGGACUGCAGAGCUGCGCUGGCAGACGUGUCAGAGAUGGUGUCCCAGCUCCAUGGCAGCAUGAUCAAGAUGGAGAACUUCCAGAAGCUGCUGGAGCUUAUGAAGGAUUUGAUUGGCAUCGACAAUCUAGUCACUCCAGGGCGGGAGUUCAUCAGGUUAGGCUGUCUCAGCAAGCUGUCUGGAAAAGGCCUCCAGCAACGAAUGUUUUUCCUGUUCAAUGAUGUCCUCUUGUAUACGAGUCGAGGGAUGACGGCGUCGAACCAGUUCAAAGUGCAUGGGCAGCUCCCUCUCCAUGGCCUGACAAUCCAGGAGAGCGGGGAUGAGUGGUGUGUGCCUCACGCCUUCACCCUGGUUGGGCAGCGCCAGUCAGUAGUGGUAGCAGCAAGUUCCCUGUCAGAGAUGGAGAAGUGGAUGGAGGACAUUAAUAUGGCCAUUGUCCUGGCAGAGACCAGCAAUGGCCCUACCUCUGACUGGCUGGCCAGCAGUCUGACAGAUAACAAAUCCCCAACAGAGGACUCAUGUGCAGAGGCGGAGACUGAGGAUGACCUGAUGGCGUCGCGCACCUCCCUGGAGAGGCAGGCCCCUCACCGUGGUAACACCACGGUGCACGUGUGCUGGCACAGGAACACAAGCGUGUCCAUGGUGGACUUUAGCGUAGCCGUGGAGAAUCAGCUGUCAGGAAACCUGCUGAGGAAGUUCAAGAACAGCAACGGUUGGCAGAAACUCUGGGUGGUCUUCACCAACUUCAGCCUCUUCUUCUACAAAACCCACCAGGAUGACUAUCCUCUGGCCAGUCUCCCCCUGUUGGGCUACUCUGUCACCAUCCCCACUGAGUCUGAAAACAUCCACAAAGACUACGUCUUCAAACUGCAUUUCAAAUCCCACGUCUACUACUUCCGAUCUGAGAGCGAGUACAACUUUGAGAGGUGGAUGGAGGUCAUUCGCAGUGCCACGGUCUCUGCCAGCCGCACCUGCAUUCUGAGCCGGAAAGAGUCCCAUCCGUACUGAUCCAAAGAGAAGGGGGUUCUCUCCCUGUCUCCGUGCCUCUUCUCCUCACCACAACCUCCCAUAGGUCUGGCCACAUCCGUCCUCUCUUCACACUACGACGCCCUCAAGCAGCAAGCUGGCGCCACACACUCUCUUCACUUCUCUGGAAUCUGUUGAUUUCCUUUUCUCCGCAUAUUUAGGACAUACAGUGGGGAGAACAAGUAUUUGAUACACUGCCGAUUUUGCAGGUUUUC